CGCAACAACUAUAACCAGUACAGUCGCCCGACCAUUGACUAUUUAGCUGGCCAUAUAGAAGGUUGAAUUAAAUACCAACUAUCGGUCGAGGGUUAAGGACUGCACGAUGGAAGACACGGAUUUAUACUCAUAUGGGGAUCAGGACGAGACCGAGAAGCGAGUAUAUGGCGAUCAAAUUUACCACACGGGCGAAGGGAUCAUACCAAAGCUGCAGCCUCGCGUGGAGAAAUCACUAAGAGCUGUUGGUUUGCGCAAGAUAUUCUUACGGAAGGUUUACGCUCAAGAUCUCGCGGCACUCUCAUCACAAAUAGGAAGGGGUCUGUAUGUGCAUCCGUCCACAGAGUUUGAUCUGCUGUGGCACGGUGUGGUGUUCCCCACAAAAGGCCCGUAUAUCGAUGGCAUAUUCAGAUUCGAUAUGAAGAUGCCUGAUACCUACCCGCAGAGGAGGCCGAGUGUACGAUUCACAUCGUUUAUAUACCAUCCACAGAACUUCGAUGACUUCCAGGAACAGAGUCUGAUCGGAGGGUUGAAAUCGACGAUAACCAGCUUCAUGCGCGGAUAG